GCCCCAUCCUUUAAAUACAAACCGAAAAGGCACUCACAAUCUUUCUAUUUCUGGUAAAAUAAGUCGAUCAACAAUCUUCUCAAUCCUAUUUUCAGAUCUUUUGGGAAAGCAUCACAGUACGAUCAUAGUUCAUAGGAAACAUUCUUGUUGUCCUAACGUUGGAGCAGAUACUUCAACCUACAAAUUGUUGAUUGUGAACCACAAGCCACAAAACCCUAACCCUAAUUGACCCAAUCAAUGGCAGCAAAAGAACCAGAGAUAAUCACAGACAAGAACCAGAUGAGACAGUGGUCAAGGUCCAUGAGAGCCAAAGGAAAGACCAUUGGCUUUGUCCCCACAAUGGGUUAUCUUCAUGAGGGUCACCUCUCACUUAUCAACGAAGCCCACAAACACACCCAACUCAUUGUGGUCUCUGUUUAUGUCAAUCCUGGUCAGUUCUCUCCCAAUGAAGACCUCUCCACUUACCCAUCUGAUUUUUAUGGUGAUAUCAAGAAGCUCAUGGCUGUUCCUGGUGGUGUUGAUGUUGUUUUUCACCCCCACAAUUUGUAUGACUAUGGAAACAACAAUUGUGGGGAUGAUGGAAAUGGGUUACAGAAAGAAGGGAUGAGAGAAAAAGACGGAGUGGUGGUGUCUUGUGUGGAAGAUAAGGGAUUGGGGCAUGAAACAUGGGUUAGAGUUGAAAGAUUGGAAAAGGGUAUGUGUGGGAAGAGUAGACCUGUUUUCUUUAGAGGGGUUGCUACUGUUGUAGCCAAAUUGUUCAACAUAGUUGAGCCUGAUGUUGCGGUUUUUGGCAAGAAAGAUUAUCAGCAGUGGAGAAUUAUUCGAAGAAUGGUCCGAGAUCUUGAUUUUGCUGUAAAAGUGAUUGGUUCUGAAAUAGUACGAGACAGUGAUGGCCUUGCAAUGAGCUCCCGUAAUGUGCACCUCUCACUUGAAGAAAGGGAACAGGCCUUGUCAAUAAACCGGUCCCUAUCGAAAGCUAAGUGUGCUGCAGAAAAGGGUCAAGUUAAUUGCAGAGAGUUGAGAAACUCAGUCAUUCAUGCCAUACAUGAGGCUGGUGGGAAAAUUGAUUAUGCCGAGAUUGUAGAACAAGAGAAUUUGGAAUCUGUUGAAGAGAUUAAGAGUCCGGUUGUGUUUUGCAUUGCUGCAUGGUUUGGGAAGGUCAGACUGAUUGACAACAUGGAAAUUAGCCUUUAAAAUCGGUAUAUAGACGGUGGGUGCUGACCUAAAAUCCUUCUGCUGCAUGGAACUUCUUUUGUUCGUGGUCGUGGCGGAGCAUGUUCUGAUAUAUCCUUCUUUUUUGUCUAAAUUAAGACAUCAUAUAUACUGAUUUAAUAAACUUAUUGAAAUUCCGACAAAACUAAAUAAUAUGUAUACAAGUUUUCAGAGAAAAGGGAAGUGGGAAAAAGAUCCAACCAAUAAUAUUUC